AUGCGUGCCAUCACGUCUUUCGGGGCCUUGAUGGCCAGCAGCCUCGUUCAUCGAGUGGCUGCUCAAGCUCCGGCCUACGAAUCUUCCGACGGCAGCUCAGGUGCAGACCCUUACGACAAGCCUGGUGACUCGUCCCCUGCGGGAGGCAACACUGUCGGUGCUGGCGGCAUCCCUGGCGGCUUGCCCGGUGGCCCAACCUGUGUCAUGGAGGCCACUACCACCGUCUUCGUCACUGUGUACCCAACCAGCCCCAUUGUCACCGUGGGAGGCUCUCCUGACGGUUCUGGAUCGGAUCAGACUCUGCACGGCACCACAAACCCCACGCGGACCAUUCAAGUUUCUCCCAUCAAUUCUGCCCAAGCCACGGAACUUGCCCCCUCUCCUUUCACUACCAUCACCAUUGACGUCUCUGGGGGUGGCCCCGGCUCCGAUGGUAACUCUGGACCUGUCACUGGCUCCCCUUCUGGUUCCUCUGGUCAAGACGGGUCCUCCCCGUCCGGCGCGCAAUCCAAUGACUCUCCUGCCAGCUACUACGGUGGCUCUGGCUCUCCCGGGCCCAAUUCAGCGACUGCCACUGCUGGUCCCGCCGGUCCAGAUGCCACCGCCGGUCCCAUCACGGACACAGCCAACGCUCCACAUGGCGGCUCUCCUUGGUACACCGUCGUCACCGACAGCAGCGUGCAAUGGGUCACUGGCUCCGACGGUCCCAAGCCCGUCACCAUUCUGUCAGAGCACACUCUCACUAUCGGCGGUAUCUCCACAAACGUUCCAGACAAUGGCAACUCUCUGACAUGCAUCACGACGAUCGGUCCCGAUGGACGUCCGACGAUCGUUGAGUGGCCAGUUGGUGACACUCAAGGUGCCAACGGAGGACAGCCAAUCUCUACCGCUGCUGGCGUCACCGUUGAUAUCAAUGGUAAUCCUCUUCCCCAAGGCGCUUCUACCGUCAUCCACCCUUCCACCCCUGUUGUCACUGGGAUGGACAGCCAAGGCGCGCCUCCCGUGGGUGGUCCUCCCAUGUCUACUGCCUGCACCACGUACACAGUCCUCGGCACAGACGGCAUUCCUACUGUUGUUCAUUCUUCUUGGCUCAUCCCUCAGAAUGCUCCCCCUACCGCUGCGUCCGGUGCCCUGCCCACCGCUGGCCCAGCUCCUGCGCAGAUUGGUAACUUACCCAAUGGUGACGCGGUCACAACUUGCACCACCUACACAAUGCUGGGCGCGGACGGCAAACCUACUGUGGUUGAAUCCACCUUGGUCCUCCCGGGCGCCCAGAGCACUCAGGCAGGAGUUCCCGGCGCUCUUUCCAGUGGCAUUCCCGGCUCCCCAGGUCCCGUCAUCUCUGGCGGCGCUGGCAGCCAACCUGCCAUCACCACGUGCACUACAUACACUGUGCUCGGAGCUGACGGUCGCCCUACCAUCGUGGACACAACGUACCUUGUCCCUGGACCUGUCGCUACGCCGGUUGUCAGCAAUGUCGGCGGAGGAGUCGUCACCGGCGCCCCGGGUCAGCCCAGUGGUUCUCCCGGGCAGCCGCUGCCCGGCAACGCCGGUCAACCUGGGAUCACGGCAUGCCUCACGUAUACUACCAUCGGCCCUGAUGGACGCCCCACCAUUGUCGAGUCCACCGUGGUCAUGCCUGCCAGUGAUGCAGUUCCAACGGCAAGCGGCCUGGGCCUUCCAUCAGCCGUCCCUCCACAGCAAUCUGGACUACCCCAGGGGAUCUCUGCCACUGCUGGUAAUCUCAUCACCACGGCUGUGACCGUCGAUGUCCUGGGCCCCAAUGGAGUUGCCACGCCUGUUGUCGAGACCAUUGUGCUGACGCCUCCCACGAAUGGAGUAUCUGUGCUUCCCACUGUCACAUCGCUCGGGUUUCCCUCCAUCGCUCCCGACCAGAUGCCGACAAACCUUCCCCAAGGCAUCCCUCCCUUCACACCAGGCAAUGCGGUCACUACUUGCGUUACGGUUGACAUCGUUGGUCCCAAUGGUGUGGCCACGCCCGUUGUCCAGACGAUUGUCUUGACACCCAUCGCUCCUGGCUCAGGCAACCCCACCGCAGGUCCCAUUGUGAACACAGCUGGACUACCUCUUCCAUCCUCUGGCCAAGUCCCAGGAUUGAGUACCGCCGCGUCUGGUGUUCCCCCGCUUGAUGCGUAUGGUUCGGAGCAGCCCAACCUGCAGACAGUCUUUCCUCCCUCCGCUGCGGUCUCUGGAGUUGAUGGCUUGCCUACAGGCAUUACUCCUGGCUCGGGCAAUACUGUCUACACAGUCGUCACUGGUUCCAACGGAAUUCCCGUGUUGUCACCCGUCACUGGACUCCCCCUCCCUUCGUACGGAAGCUCUGAACAAGCUGGUGCGGUUCCCGGAAACAAUGGGGCCCCUGUAGGUGUCCCUACUGGAGCUGGCCAAGUCCCCAACGGGUAUGGAUGGGGUGAGUCGCAGGCUGGUGCCGCCUAUGGCCCGCUCUCCUUCGGUGCUGCUGCGACGGCCCUGCAGACCGCCACCUGGACCAACGUCAUUCCGGAGCAGACCACAACGUACACAAUCAAUUUCCCUUUCACGACGCUGGUCACUGUCGCAGUGCCCGAAAAGCAUGCGCUGAAGCGCCAAGUGAGGCCGUCGCCGUCACCACUCAUUACUGCAUGGGCAAACUCUACGACCUCAUCUCUGCCGGGCCCUUCCACACCGGUCCCUACGACAUCCUCUGUGCCUGAUCAUGGGAGUUCGCAGAUGUGCCCGUCCGGGGGCAAGAUUGGGAACACCACUGUCGAUUUUGACGACAUCAAGCCCGGCCCGUUGUUCAAUCCCUCAGGUGACAUCUGGUUCUCCGAAGGGUUCCUUGUUGCCCCCCCUUCAACCCCCGUGUCUCAAUCCUUUGCCCCUGCGUCUGGCGGCCAACUCGUCGAGUUUGUGCCUGCUUCUCUUUCUGGCUCUCCUACCUCUCAUGGCGCCGAUGUUGCGGAGAUUGGCGUUGGCCCCAAUUCCGCGAACCCCUGCUUCCGUUUCGACUUCCUCGGUGCUAGUCUCGGCUGCGCGGCGCAGGGCAACGAAAAGUGGUGCGAGUUUGACAUCUCGGCCUACACCUUCAACGAGGGCUCUUUCAGUGAGCAGUCCAUUGCGUGGUCUGAGACGAAGCGCGUUCCGGCUUGCCCUACGUUCCCCAGCAGCAGCUGUGCUCUGACCCCUGUCGAGUUCGAAGGCUACAGAAACAUCACUUCUGUCUUGAUCAGUCUCCAUGUCGGCUUGGACUUGCGUGCCUGGUGGGGCGACGACUUCAAGUUUGGAUGGAGCGACAACAGCUGCGAGGCUGCCAGCUGCCGUGAGCGUGCUCUUCCUCACCGCGUCAAGCGUGAGGCUGUUGAGACGGCCAUUCGACAUGGCGUGUGGCACUGGACGCCUGCAGGUCUUCAGCGCCUUGACGAUGAGUACAUCUGGGAGUCGGCGUCCUGA